GUACCUAGAUAGUCGUAGAAGCGAGACAGUUGACUUAUCAUCGAUCCUUAAACCGGAACAAGCCGAGGGGUAUACCCCAGCAGCUCUCCAAACUCGGGCUACGUCGGAGCUCCGAUCUUUUCUAUCACAUUUCUAGAGGAAACUACCGGGAGCCAAUAGCGGGGCUUCGUCCCACCACGCCCGCUACGGAUAUUAUCGUCCCUCUUUCCUCUUCGAUGGCGUCAGAGGCUAAGGUAAGGGUCGAUCUACCUAUCUCCUACUAUCUCCUAUUUUAGCUGCAGUAGGCAGUAGGGGGAGCAGCGCUUCCCAUGCCUUCCAUUGCUAUCUUUCCCGUCCGCGCAGCUGCCGGCGUCUCAUAUUAAUAAUCUGCCGUCCCAAGACUAUACCGCAUACAGGUAAGCUAAGUUCUUUCGCUCUCCGAACCGGGGUAAAUUAGUAUCUGCGUGUGAAGAUAUGAUAGACCGGAAAGCUCGAAUGUAGCACAAAUACAUUCCAAGCCCGUUUUCCGUUGCUGUGUACAUAUACACACCUACUCUUGUGCUGUUCCCCUCUUUUUUGCUGGUUUCUCCCUCAUUUUCAUUCUCAUUCUCCUCUUAAUCCGCAACCCGGUUCGUAAGCUCAGCGAGUAGGUAAAAAGUAAAAGAGAAGGAAAAGGAAAGAGAAAAACCAUGGCGAGCAACGGAAACGGCGUCAAGCAGAACGGCGACGCGGCCGAGAACGGGGAUGGGUGGUACGACCCGACCAAGAUCUGGACGACGCUGCUGACGAACCGUGCGUACUUCGGCGGACUGCUGGUCCUGCACCACUCCCUGCGCCGGCACCGGAGCAAGUACCGGCUUCACGUUAUGGUGACCCGCGCCGUCGAGGAGGACACGGAGUACAUGGAGGCCUUCGCGGCCGCCGGUAUCCCGACGAUUGUCGUGGACAAGAUUGAGCCGGCGCCGCGAGACGGGAAGAUCAACAAGGGCACGUGGGAGAAGCUUGCUCCGUGGUCCUUUACGCAGUAUGAGCGAGUCGUCCUCCUAGACAGCGACCAGGUGAUCCUGCAGAACAUCGACGACAUGAUGGAGGUCGAGAUCCCGGAGGGCUGGAUCGCGAGCACGCACGCGUGCACGUGCAACCCGCGGAAGCUGCCGCACUACAGCAAGGACUGGGUGCCGGCGAACUGCGCGUUCACGGCGGCGGACCAGGCGACGGGGGCUCCGGCGGCGAUCACGGCGCAGAGCCCGAACAACCACCACCUGCUCAACAGCGGGACGGUGAUCGUGCAGCCUUCGGAGAAGCAGUACGAAGACCUGAUCCACGCGAUGAACACGCACCCGGACGUGCCCAACAUGAUCUUCUUCGACCAGGACCUGCUCGCGAUCGUGUACCGCGGCCGCUGGAAGCCGCUCCCUUACCACUACAACGCGCUGAAGCCGAUGCGGGCCUGCCACGCCGGACUUUGGAAGGAUGAGGAUGUGAAGAUUCUGCAUUAUAUUUUGAAUAAGCCGUGGAAGAGCCGGAAGUACGACGAGAACGAUACGAUCGAGUCGACGCACGGGCUCUGGUGGGACGAGUUUGCGAAGGUGGAGAGGGAGUGGACGGAGAGCGAGGACGCGAGGAAGAGGGAGCUUUGGAGGAGUGUUGUUGUGCCUGUUGUUGCGCAGGAAUGAAUGAAUGAACGUUUUAUCGAACUUUCCGGAGAGUAGAGGGACGGAUGAUUUAGGCGAUGAAGGGCAUUUUCGUGACAUUGGAACUUAUACUAUACUGAGGCAUAGCGUAUACAUCCGGGCCGGGCAAUAGGCCAGAGAAAGUGGGAGUGUGAGGUUAUCAUGGGAUACAUUCAUAGCACUCAGAUUAGAGGUUACGAGCAAUUGACGACGGCCCCAACGGCUGGAUUGGCAUGAUUCAAUCACUGAGAAUCGAAAUUCCUUUGCAACGAUGACGAUGAAGAUAUCGAUUCAAAUACUACUAAGU